UAGGUGACCUUUGGGCAAUAUAUGACUUGCCAAUAAAAGCAGUACAUUGGACAUUCGAGAGGCUUCUUUGACCUUGGUUGCUAUCGUGUGAAGAUUUCGAAACAGAGCGUGGUGAUUUAGCAAUGGCUUCUAUAUCCAUCUUAAACCCUAAAGCGGAGUUCGCGAAAUCUCAGCAUGCAUUCAGCAUCAAUUUGGCUGCAGCUAGGGGGUUGUACGAUGUUUUAAAGACCAAUUUAGGACCUAAAGGAACUAUGAAAAUGCUCGUCUCCGGUGCCGGUGAUAUUAAGAUAACCAAAGAUGGCAACGUUUUGCUCCAUGAAAUGCAGAUCCAGCACCCUACCGCCAGCCUGAUUGCGCGCGUAGCUACUGCUCAGGAUGAUAUGACCGGUGAUGGCACUACGUCUAAUGUCCUCUUGAUUGCUGAAUUGCUCAAACAAGCUGAUAUGCAUACUUCUGAAGGCCUUCAUCCACGUUUCAUAACAGAGGGGUUCGAUAUGGCUCGAAACAAAUGCUUAGAAAUAUUACCAAAGUGUCAGAUAAGUUGCUUCUCGGAUCCAGCAUCCCCCGGAACUCUGAAUAGAGGCAUACUUGAGGCUGUUGCAAGAACAUCACUCACUACCAAAGUGCAUUCUGACUUGGCUAAUCUUUUGACUGAGCACGUGGUAGAUGCAGUAUUGUCAAUUCGUAGUGCGAGUGAACCUUUGGAUUUGCAUCGCAUUGAAUUGAUGCAGAUGCAACAUAAGACUGAUAUGGACUCAAUACUUGUCAAGGGAAUAGUACUUGACCACGGUGGUAGGCACCCAGAUAUGCCUAAACGAGUUACUAAUGCAUUUAUAUUGACAUGCAAUGUGUCAUUCGAAUAUGAAAAAACUGAGGUGAAUUCUGGGUUCUUCUAUAAAACAGCAGAAGAGCGAGCAUCACUCGUGAAAUCUGAGCGGGAGUUCAUCGAUAUGAGAGUGCAGAAGGUAAUAGAGUUGAAAAGGAAAGUUUGCGAUAAAGAAGGUGGUGGAGACUCCAAGCCUGGAUUCGUUAUAAUUAACCAGAAAGGAAUUGAUCCCUUCUCGCUAGACGCUUUCGCUCGAGAGGGGAUACUUGCUCUCCGUCGUGCCAAAAGACGCAACAUGGAAAGGGUCACACUUGCUUGUGGUGGAUAUGCUCUGAAUUCAGUAGAAGAUAUGACACCUGACUGUCUUGGUUAUGCUGGAUUAGUGUACGAAACCACUCUGGGGGAGGAAAAGUACACCUUUGUCGAGGAGUGCAAAGAACCUCGUUCGGUAACUUUGCUAAUGCGUGGACCCAAUAAACACACCCUUAAUCAAAUCAAAGACGCAGUAAAUGAUGGUCUUCGUGCCAUUAAAAACACAUUAGAAGACGAAUGCGUUAUCCCUGGUGCAGGGGCUUUUGAACUGGUCGCAUAUCGCGAGCUUGUUAAGUUCGUCCCAACAGUCAAAGGUCGUGCACGUCUCGGUGUCCAAGCGUUUGCGGAUGCUCUACUCGUGAUUCCAAAAGUUUUGGCUAGGAAUGCUGGUCACGAUGCUCAAGAAACUAUGGUAAAAUUGCUCGAAGAGUCAGCAAAGGCAGAAGCUCGUUGUCACGGCAUUUCGCCAAUGGACCUUGUUGGAAUUGAUCUAACUACUGGAGAAGCGAUGGUUCCUGCUCAGGUUGGAGUUUACGAUAACUUCAUUGUAAAAAAGCAAAUAAUCAAUUCUUGUUCAAUCAUCGCAACCAAUCUGUUGCUUGUUGAUGAAAUCAUGCGAGCAGGAUUAAGCUCCCUCAAGGGUUAACUGUACACUCUAAUGAGUUAAUCGAAUAUAUUUGCUUUUGAAUACAUAUUUAUUUCACGCCUUA